AUGAUUUCAAUGUAUGCUUGUCCAAUUAUCUCACCUACUUCUUCUCCAACUAUUACCCCUUCUACUACUCCAACUCAAACUCAAACUCAAACUUUUACCCCUUCUCCAAAUCCAACCUCAAAUCCUUCAAAUAUUAUUUAUAAUAGUUUCAAAUUUUUUGGUAAUCUAUGCCCAACAAGUGGUUAUAAUGUAACAGUAGGAAAUUGUAUGAAUCUUUGUGAUUUUGAAAGAAUUUCAAUUUUACCAACAGAUUUCAAAAUACUUUUGAAAUUCAACUGUUUUUAUUUACAGAUAAAACUUGUUCAAAUGCUUUUGAAAAUAUUAAAUUGGAAUGUUUUAAUAGUACUGGAUUCAUGA